AGUUCCGCAAAGAUCAGGCUUCUCCGCUGUGAGGGAGUGCUAUAGGCGAUGGGCAGAGUGAUUAAUUACGCUGGAGAGAACCUGUGCCGCGUGUUUCCAAUAAAUUAGGAGCUCCGGGAACUUUUACGCACACAGGUGAGGAGUUGGAUGCGCGCAUUUUGAGGAUAUUGAGGAUACAGUUUGAGGAAGGACUGCGCAAUCAAAAGGCCAUUUCGGACUGUAUUCAUGACGUUUAUCAAAACAGCGCUUUGGAGAAAUACCAGAGAAAAUCCACCCACAGACAUACAGAUUUGUAAUACCCAUAUGGUUGGAAGUGAGGCGCUUCAAAUGGACGGUGGUAAUUGCUCCAGCUCGGUGGUGGAUGUGGAUGACAGCCCGGUCUCCAGUCCCGGCUCCAGCCCCAGUCCGGACGGCCGUCGUCGCGGUGAGCUGCACCGGCCCAGGGCGCUGCAGGCCGGCGCGCUCGGCGGCAGAGGACGCCCGGCGGCGGCCAACGCGGCGCGGGAGAGGAGCCGGGUGCAGACGCUGAGGAACGCGUUCUUGGAGCUCCAGAGGACUUUACCGUCGGUGCCGCCGGAUACCAAGCUGUCCAAACUCGACGUGUUGAUACUAGCCACCACCUAUAUUGCCCAUUUGACUCGAACACUGCAGGAGGAAGGCGCAGAUGAAGGAGAGAGCACAAAACAAACAGAAGCGUUACACUCACUGAAAGGUGAAGGCUACCUGCACCCUGUAAAGAAAUGGCCAAUGCGAUCCAGAUUGUACGUCGGAGCAACUGGGCAGUUCCUGAACAAUCCUUCCGACUCAGAGAAUCAAGGCCCGUCGUCCUCCUCCUCUUAAUAGGCCUACAUGAAUUUCAUGUAGCCAUGAAAGCGACAUGACAUUUGCAUGAGCUCCAAAAUAAAAAUAAAGAAAAAAAAAAAGAAAAACUGUCCUCCCACUGCAGCUCGAAGACGAUGUAAAUUAAUAUAUUGCGUGAAUUUUACUGUAUAUAACUGUCGAACAAAAUACGCAUGCAUGUUCUUGUUGUUAGUUUGUGUGUGCGCCAUGCAGCUCCACGCAUGUCCCGUGUCUGAUCUCUGCAGAAAUUCCGCGGAGCCCGUCAUGCUUGAGCGUGCACUUUGACUUGAGACAUUUGCACUAAAUGCAUGUGUGAAUAACUUAGCAUCUGUCAUGUGAAGUGGUCUGUCAGAGGGCCGACAAUGGAGGCUUUUUAUCUCGCGUUUCUUCUUUUUACAUGCAUGGUUGUAAAUGUGUGUUUUUGUGAAUAAAUUACAAAAGAAUGCAAGAAGAAAAGACUUCGAAGAAUUUAAGAAAAGCAGACUUGUACGAUUAAUCUUUCUUUCUUUCUCUUUUUUUUAAACAAAUGCUCUUUUUACAGCA